AUGCAUUUAGAUGACAUCAUUCUGUGCACUGAUUCAACGAUAGCACUGUCAUGGUUGAAGACUUCUCCUCAUCUUUUAAAGACCUUUGUUGCAAAUAGAGUCUCCAAAAUCCAAAGACUAGUAGAGCCGCGACACUGGAAGCACGUAUCAUCAGCAAAUAAUCCGGCGGAUUUGAUUUCUCGUGGUGUUUAUUCUCAUGAACUUGUGACAUCUUCCUUGUGGUGCAAUGGUCUUGAACAGAACGAACUUAGUGAUGCUUCUUUAUUUGAACUUGACAAGACUCUCAUAGAUUCUUCUGCUUAUCAGGAUGAACUUAAAAAACCUUUAGACAUUAAUUUGAACUAUUUGUCAGAAAGCAGAUUGUCAAGAUGGCAAAAAUUAACUAAAAUGAUACAGAUUUUAUGGAAACGAUGGAUAACUGACUAUCUUAAUCACUUGCAACAGCAAAAGAAAUGGUAUUUUUCAAAGGACAAUAUAAAGAAAAAUAGAAUGCUUAUUAUUAAAGAUGAUCAUUUACCUCCAUUUAAAUGGUUACUAGGAAGAAUUGAUCAGACAAUUCCUCGUAAAGAUG